CAGAUCAAUUGUAUUCAACAAACAUGAGGACCUUCUUGCUUUUGGUACUUGCGUGGGUAGUUGUUACAGAAUCAAAAGUGGUUAGUUUUGAGACGUUUCUUUUGCAGGAGAGUAUAGACAGCGUCAAUAUAAUUAUAAAAAGCAAUUCCAGCAAGAUUCUUGAGCAGUUUGUAAAGGACGUGUUUGAAAACCAACCCUGCUCAGUGGAAAGCCUUUGCCGAGCAGCAGCAGUUCUUAAACACGCAAAACGAAACGCUGAACUAAACAUGCUACGACGACAACUAUAUGCCUAUGCAAGCAAUACAAGGCACCCGGUCUGCACUGUGCCAAAUGCAGAUGAAUGCCCCAUGAAUGAACUCCUGAAUGACUUAAAACGCUGCUGCCAAAAACUAUUGCUAGAUGUCAAACGGCCAGCAUGACAAUGGGAUUUGUUAGAA